AUUGAGGGACAGAAGAUAACGUCUCUAAAUAAAUACUAGACUUUUUACUCAUAUUUCUUAUUUCUAUUAUGCUAAUAUUACUAUAUAGAAUAAUAAUUUACAGUAUUAAGAUACUAUAAAGUCUAACACGAUAUAUGCUGAAUGUAUGUCUGUACACUUGUAUCUAUAAUUGAAUCUUUAAAAUUGUCAUUUUGAUAUGACCAACUGAAUAAUUAAAUUAAGACUGUCACUUAUGCCGCAAAAUAACUUUGUCUUAUACUUAAGUGUCAAUUGUCGUGUAAUUUAUAGUCUGCACUCUGCUGUCACUAUUUAGUUAUUUUUAUUUAUGCAAAAGCAACCUCAAAUGCAACAAUUUUAUCAAUAUAUGUGUUUAUUUUUCAUUGUAUUUCACACGACAUCAAUAAAACUGUAAAAAUGACUACGUUUAUGUCCAGAUUUGCUAUAAAUGUCUUUAAAAAUAUAGCUACUAAAAGUUUUACAUUUACUUCUGUGCCGGAAAUUGUGCCGCCGAUAAAUAAGUUUAUAUAUAAUAUAAACAAUUUAUUUUGUACUAAAUCUCUUUGUUUUGUAAGAAAUUAUAGCGUAGAUGCUAUUCAGCCUCCUUUAGCAUUAGAUAAUGCAAGUCUACCUAUAAAAAAGAAGACAGUUUACAAAAAAGCAGUCUUAGAGGAAGUAAGCCAAAAAGAGGGUCAUUACUUAACAUUGGCUUAUGCAACCGCAAAUUCUUAUGAUCUAAAAGGUCUAAAGGAGGCUUUAAUACAGCAGAAGCUGUAUCAGCCAGGCACAUUAAAAACACAAGAAGUGGGUGAUGUAGUGGUAGCGAAUGCAGUUUAUUCUGUUGGUGAUGAACCAAGACAGAUUAUCUUUUUCAAAGAGGGUGCUGUUGUAUUCUGGAAUUGUACUGAAUUAGAGGCUAAAAAUGUACUGGAUUUUGUUAGACCAUUUGAAAUUGAAAGUUAUCCCCUGGAAGUGGUACACAAAGAAAGAGAAAUCAUGACCUAUUUCUAUCAACCUAAUGUCAAGAGCUGUCAUCUACAAGAGUCAUGUUUUGUGCUGGUUGAAAAUGGAGAAAACUCAUUAGAGAAGUACACAUUCAGUCAUGCAAUGGUCCAGUCAGUUCGUCUGGGAGCGUGGGAGGCUCGACUUGAGACUUUGGCAUCCUCUAUCAGAUCACACACUGCACUAAUGGAAUCUGAGGGUGCCACACGGGUUGAAAAGAAAGAGGUUGUAAGAAAAUUGGGUGAACUCUUUUCUCUUCGGCAUCGGCUAACAGUUGAAUCAGAUCUUUUAGACACACCAGACUUCUACUGGGAAGAGGAGAACUUGGAAAGGCUCUACUCAAAUACAGUCGCCUAUUUCACGAUUCCCAGACGUACAAGGGUAUUAAACGAGCGUCUAUCUCACUGUGUGGAACUUCUGGAACUUUUAUCAUCAUGGGCAGCUGAUAGGCAUCAUGUAAGGCUGGAGUGGAUGGUAAUAGCCCUCAUUCUAGCUGAGGUCUGCUUUGAACUGCUGCACUUCUUCGAGAGGGCACUACAAAAUGAUUGGUUCUGGAGUGGCUUCGACUGGGAUAUCAAGAGUGAUGUAAAAGAAAGGGCAUAUUAAUUAUUAAUCAACAUUGAUAAAUACUGAGUGUCAUCACUGAAUAGUG